AUGUCCGAUAUUAUAAUCGUUGGAGGAGGUGUUUUUGGGCUCUCUACUGCUGCACAUUUCGCAACUUCGAGCCCGGUAACGGUGAUAGACAAAUUUGAGAUCCCCUCGCCUCUUUCAGCAUCAACUGAUUACAACAAGAUAAUAAGGCUGGAAUACAAUGAUCCUGUUUAUGCCGCAAUGGCUGUCGAGGCUAUGGAAUACUGGCAAGGAAAAGGCAAUGACGUGUUCCCGGCUGGAUUGUUCCAAGACACCUAUUCGCAUUGCGGGCGCAUUUCCGUAGUGCCUCCAAAAACUUCACCUCGGUAUGACUUUGAAAUGGAAAGUCUGAAACUACUUAGAGAGCGGUUCGGUCGCUGUGAGGCGAUUGUGGAACAUAGCAACGACUUAACUUGCGGCAAUGCGUUCCCGGAGUUCGCAGAAAAUGGGGCGAAAGGUCUUUUUAGAUUCAACCCUGAUUGUGGCAUUGGCCUUGCUGCUCAAUCACUUACCGCGGUCAAAAACCAUUGUGAGCGCCUGGGAGUGUCUUUUUUGGAGAACGAUGGUGUGAAGAGCAUUGAUAGUGGAAAUGGACGGGUCAAGGUCACCUUGGAGUCCGGGCGGGAAUUGGUUGCUUCAAAAGUGCUUGUGGCCUGCGGUGCCAACACGCCUACGCUACUGGAUCUUCAUCGUAGCGUAAAAUCUACGGGACUCUACGUGGGACACAUUCAGUUGAGUGUGGAAGAGUUUGAGAAAUACAAAAACAUGCCUGUUGUUUUCGAUCCAACUAUGGGAUACUUCUUCCCGCCCGAUCGAAAAACAAGAAUUCUUAAGCUUUGCGCAAGUGCCAGCUCGACGUACGAUAAAACAAGCGAUGGGCGAUUACCUCGCUACCAACAUCUCGAGCCAGAUACGGUCAAAAGCAUACCUGUGCAGUCUGUUGUGCAGAUCCGGACUUUGAUCCGCAAAUAUUUGCCGGACCUUGAGCUUGAUUCGAGUGGGCAAUUGCGUAAUGUGAUCGACUGCAAGAUAUGCUGGAUCAGCGACACAUCCAAUUCGGAUUUCAUUAUUGAUGAGAUGCCAUCGCACCCCAAUGUUUUUGUGAGCUGUGGAGACUCUGGCCACGGCUUCAAGUUUUUGCCUAAUAUAGGUUCAUUUAUCAAGGCCCGAAUGGAUAACACUCUGUCGCCCCAACUUGCUCGCAAAUGGGCUAUGCGUGAAAGCAAUUGGACCACGCAAACAAUUCCCUGGCGCGUAGAGCACAAGCGGAAACACAUCGAUGAGAUAGAAUGGCAUUAA